AUGCUCCAAAAUGCCCUGGAUUUCAAAACUUCCGCCAAGAGUCAGCGUUUAAAUUUUAAACGUCAAUAUGUGCCUACUUACCCGACGACCGGAGAUGAGCGAUUGUGCAUCGUGAUGUGGCAGUGCUGGAUAAUUGCAUUUCAAUUGUUGAUGUCCUGGGACGGGAAAGAGGAUCCCAAGAAUCUUGUGAUCCCGACCCUCGCAUUGACAACCUUGCCUGUUCCCAUCCUCGAUUCAACAUUUCCAUUCCAGGUCAUCGGCGACAUCGAUAAUCUCCUUGCCAGGUUUUCUGGUCAUCGCGGAGAAGUCACGGUAUCGAUUUGGCCUCGGCCCUCAAGGAGGCUCGAGCAGAAGCGUAACUCCGAACCAGGGCACUAUCUUCCCUUCUAA